AUGGGACGGGUGUUACUUGAGACACAAGCAAACGCACCGGCCGAAGCAAACCCUAAAACAAGAACAGGCUUUAACGACACCUACUUCGACACUAAUAUGGUCAUUAUUUUAGCUGCUCUACUCUGUGCUCUAAUAUGUGCUCUAAGCCUCAACUCUGCCUUGCGAUGUGUGCUACGCAUCACAAGCAGAUUCACAUCGGAUCAAGAAUCCGCCGCUUCAAACGCAAACGCGAAUCCUGGACGUUUAACGGCUAACACGGGGAUCAAGAAACGAGCGUUGAAACAAAUCCCAGUGGGGUUGUACGGGUCAGGGAUCAUUAACAUGAAAGCUACGGAGUGUUUGAUCUGCCUCGGGGAUUUCGUGGAAGGAGAGAAAGUUAGGGUUUUGCCAAAAUGUAACCAUGGCUUUCACGUGAGGUGCAUCGACACUUGGUUGCUUUCACGUGACUCUUGUCCUACUUGCAGACAAUCUCUUAUCCUUGAGCAACCGUCGCCGACAAGUGGUAGUUCUCGCCGGGAUAAUGACGUGGCGGCUUCUGUCGUUGGGACAUAA